GGGUGGGCGCGUGACGGAAGUCCAGGCUGGGGACAAGAGGCGGCUCUGGGUGGGCGGAGGCCAGCGCCCCAGCCCCCCGCCCCCGCUCCGCGCUGUCCGUGACGUCAGAGCCGGACUGGGUAAACUGAGCAGGGCUCUGGGGCGCUGGGGCGGAGAAGGCGACCUGGAGCAGCAGGGACGCACGGACCGAGGCAGGGCAGUGUGGCGCAAGAACCCAACAGGCAUUCGCAGGCGACCGGGAGGGACGUUUAUCCGGACGCGUGAGCGGAGCCAGAUGCUCCCGGUCGUCCCGCUCCACCGCUGGUAGACGCGACUCCUUGUGCUUUGUGGGGCGCGGGACCUUGGCUGUCCCAGUCACUGACCGCACCCGCACCUGCAGCACAGCAGAACCAUGGCCCUGAGCGAGCUGGCUCUGCUACGAUGGCUGCGGGACAGCCGCCACUCGCGAAAACUGAUCCUGUUCAUCGUGUUCCUCGCGCUGCUGCUGGACAACAUGCUGCUCACCGUCGUGGUUCCCAUUAUUCCCAGUUACCUGUACAGCAUUAAGCAUGAGAAAAACACUACAGAAACCCAGACCACUAAGCCAGCACUCGCAGCCUCCACCUUGGGAAGCAUCCAGGGCAUAUUCUCCUACUAUGACAACUCUACCAUUUCAUUCACCGGGAAUUCCACUGGGAAUGCCACCGGGGGCUUCCCAGGGGAGCAGCUAUACAAGACCAUUGCCACACAGCACAUGGUGACCAACACAUCCACUGUCCCUUCUGACUGUCCAAGCGAAGACAAAGACCUCCUGAAUGAAAAUGUGCAAGUUGGGCUGCUGUUUGCCUCCAAAGCCACCGUCCAGCUCCUUACCAACCCAUUCAUAGGACUGCUGACCAACAGAAUUGGCUAUCCGAUUCCCAUGUUUGCUGGAUUCUGUAUUAUGUUUAUCUCAACAGUUAUGUUUGCCUUCUCCAGCAGCUAUGCCUUCCUGCUGAUCGCCAGGUCUCUGCAGGGAAUCGGCUCCUCUUGUUCAUCCGUGGCUGGAAUGGGCAUGCUGGCCAGCGUGUACACAGAUGAUGAAGAGAGGGGUAACGCCAUGGGGAUCGCUUUGGGGGGCCUGGCCAUGGGGGUCUUAGUGGGACCUCCCUUUGGGAGUAUACUCUAUGAGUUUGUGGGGAAGACAGCUCCCUUCCUGGUCCUGGCUGCCCUGGUGCUCUUGGAUGGAGCUGUCCAGCUCUUUGUGCUCCAGCCUUCCCGGGUGCAGCCAGAGAGUCAGAAGGGGACACCCCUAACUACCCUGCUGAAGGACCCGUAUAUCCUCAUCGCUGCAGGCUCCAUCUGCUUUGCAAACAUGGGGAUAGCCAUGCUGGAGCCUGCCCUGCCCAUCUGGAUGAUGGAGACCAUGUGUUCCCGAAAGUGGCAGCUGGGCAUUGCUUUCUUACCAGCAAGUAUCUCUUAUCUCCUUGGAACCAAUAUUUUUGGAAUACUUGCACACAAAAUGGGAAGGUGGCUUUGUGCUCUUCUGGGAAUGAUAAUUGUUGGAAUCAGCAUUUUAUGUAUUCCUUUUGCGAAAAAUAUCUAUGGACUCAUCGCUCCCAACUUUGGAGUUGGUUUUGCAAUUGGGAUGGUGGAUUCCUCCAUGAUGCCUAUCAUGGGCUACCUGGUGGACCUACGGCACGUGUCUGUUUAUGGAAGCGUAUAUGCCAUUGCGGAUGUGGCCUUUUGUAUGGGCUAUGCUAUCGGUCCUUCUGCUGGUGGUGCCAUUGCAAAGGCAAUUGGCUUUCCUUGGCUCAUGACAAUUAUCGGGAUAAUUGAUAUUGUUUUUGCUCCACUCUGCUUUUUUCUUCGAAGUCCACCUGCUAAGGAAGAAAAAAUGGCUAUCCUCAUGGACCACAACUGCCCCAUUAAAACAAAAAUGUACACUCAGAAUAAUGUCCAGUCAUAUCCCAUCGGUGAGGAUGAAGAAUCUGAAAGUGACUGAGACCCUCUAAGUUGCCAAGUCCUUAAGUGUGUAUCAGUGUUUCCAGUGAAAUGACUCGUGCAGAGCUGUCUUGAUCACAUCAUCCAUUCCUGGCAAAGAGUAAAACAACCAAAGGUGAUACUUUCUUUUCCAUGGCUAUGACCGACUGCCAACAGCCUUAUAAAGAAAAAGCAGCUUUUCUAGGGGUUUGUAUAAAUAGUGUUGAAAACUUUAUUUUAUGUAUUUGGUUUUAUUAAAUAUUAUACAAUAUAUUUUGACGAAAUAGGUAUAUUGUAAAUGUAUAAAUAUUUGAAUCCAAAUCAAAUAUAAUUUUUUAACUUACAUUCACGAACACUUGGACAAAAAAAAAUCUUGUAUUUUUUUCUGAAUACUGGUAAUGAGUGUUUAAAGCACACAUUAUCUGAGACUCUCCAACAAGAAACUAGAGGUCUGAGAAACAAUCAUGCAAGACAGCGUUGUUACGUAGCAACACUGAAUGCGUUGCUAUUUAACUUGUAAUUAGUAUCAAUGUUUUUGAGUUAAAAGCUAGUCAUUUCAAGCACAGAGGACAAGAAAUUGUGUCAGCCAUCUUUCAGACUUAUUCUUAAACCUUUGCUGGCAUUAGUAUUCUGUUAUAACCACCUGCCUGGAAAUGGAUAGUUGUAAAUUCUGUUUUCUGUGUCCUAUCAUUGGCAACAAUCAUUAAAGCCAACAAGGGGUGAAAGUAAAUGUCCUGAAAGUAGAGAAAAGAACUCAAAUGUUGCUUUCUUUGAAAGAUAUAGACUUGAUGGUCUUACUGGGUGAAAAUAAAGUAUGCAUUUCUACACUGGCAAGGUUAAGCAUGGUGUGAUUUACCAAACUUAGUUCCUGUUUUGGGAAAGGAAACAAAGGCUAUCGAGCUGCUAUGUGAACAAUCAGACUAUCACAUCUGUAUCUACUUGUAGGUCAUCCAAGUGUUUUUCUAGAGAUUUGUUAAUUUUGAGUUGCUUUUAUUUUUUAGACUCCUAAAAGUUGUUCCUAUCAAUGUAGAAAUGAAUUUCAAACAAGGAUGAAGGAAUGAAAUUGUCCAUGUCUAACAUUAUUAUGUUAAGAAGGAUAAUAGGGUGAUCAGGGCACUUUCCCUUUCUGGAGCAGGAAACCCAUCUACAAAUGUGUAUAUGUUACUGUGUCAUCUUGUGUGUGGAGUAGAAUAGUUUUUCUAAGCAUGCCAACACUGAUGUACCUUUUCCGUGUGCCAGCAUUAGUAAGCCUUAUCUGUAGUGCUUUGUAUGAGAUUACAGCCUCCCAGAAUAUAAACACAGUGUGGAAUAUGUCUCCAAUAGUACAUGUCAACUCUGCAGUUGUUAAAAAAAAAAAAAACCUGUCAGUUUUGUUAAUCUGAAUUGUGUUUGUGUGACCUUGGACAUUAAGAGAACUUUAGGACAACAACCCCUCAACCUUAUUGGCUAUUACACAUUCGUUAGGAUGUGGCUAAUACUUCUUUUGCUUUAUGGAUCUUUCUGUGGGACCUUGGUGAUUUGAAGUCAUGUGUUUGAGGGAAACAGGUUCCUAUUCAUUAAACUGCUGGAUAGUCACAAGGUCUGCAGCUCUGAAAGAUGGCUGGAGAGGAACUCUCACGUGACUAAAAUCAAAAGGUGGGACUUGCGCUUUAGAAGUAUUGUGGUUAGAGAGGGCUUGUAGUUCUCCUUGCCCACAGUACCAUAUGCAAUAAUUGAUGCUGGUGUUGUUUCUGCUUCUGAGGGGUCAUCAAAGAUGACUAGCAAAGGCAUGCCAGUUACUCAACUCCAGGGAAAAGAUAAAACAUUUAGAACUUUUUAGAGAGCAAAAGAGAACUUGUUUCCAAGGGGAAGGUAAAUACAUUUAUAUGACUAAUAUCCUGGGUACACAAGACUGAAAAUAGAGUGUUUAAAAAUACUGUGCAUGUUCCAGAAAAAGAACUUAUACCUCUGAACAUUUUUACAAAGUAGAGGUUGCUUUUGUUUGUACUUGGUAAUUCAGACUCACAAAUCUUAGUGAGGUAGCAAUGGAUACUUAACUUCUUUUGACUGCUAAGUGUAUCUCUCUGUCCUAGUUGCACUUUAGCUAGGCUACUUAAUAAAUCUUCUUGAACACUGUUCUGUGCCUGCCUGUAUUCUUUCAUAAACCAUUUCAUCAACAUUGUUGCUGGAAUAAAAUACAUACACAUUGUUCUGGCUGUAGAUAUUUAAUUAUUUGCAGGCAUCAGGCAAGAACCCCACCAGGCGAGGGUGAACCAUCCUCUUUGCCUUUUCAGUUUGUUUUAAAUGAAACAUAGGACUUGUUACAGCCUAGCAGUGUGGAAAAACAGUGAGCUGCCCAAAAAUUAUUCUAAUUGCUGUGAACAGAUAAAUUAUCUGAUGAAGAGAGCUGUAAUAUCAAGCCAUCUGACGGAACAGGCUCUGGAAGAUCUAGAAAUUAGGAUCAUUGUGAAUGGGGUAGACAUGGUAGGUUCCAGGAUUAGGGUGGCUCCAGGAUUAGGGUGGCAUGAUGUUUUACUCAGAUCUUAAGGAACAUAAAGGAAUCAAAAAGGAUGAAGGUAAUCCCCUUUUCCACCGUUCUUUGCUUUUUUUGGAGGGA